GCCCCGCCCCUCGCCCGCGCAGGCAGGAGUCGCGGCCUCCCCAGCUAGUGGUCGCGGGCGCGGGCGCAGGGGCAGCGGGGUGGCCGCCGCGCCAGGCGUGGAGCCAGGUCUGGCGGGCUCCGAGAGGACCGGGAGCGGCGCGCAGAGCAGCCUCCGGCCGCCGCCGCGCAGAGCUGCCAGAGUGGAGUGCACUGCUUCUCCCAGCGGGGCAGGAUGGCGGUUUCAUGUCUGGUUGGAGAAGGCCUUGCCCGCGGAAAAGAGCUCCGUCCCCAGGCCUGAGCAGAGGCUCGCGCGUCCCCGUCCCCAGGUCAGGUCAGGAUGGGCACCGUGCGCCCACCUCGCCCCUCGCUCCUGCUGUUCUCCACCCGGGGGUCUUGUCUCUUCCUCCUCCUCUGCCUGCGCCUGGGCGCCGCCUGCCCGCAGCCCUGCCAGUGCCCUGACCACGCAGGGGCUGUGGCUGUCUUCUGCAGCUUGCGGGGCCUUCAGGAGGUCCCCGAGGACAUCCCGGCCAACACCGUGCUCCUGAAGCUCGAUGCCAACAAGAUCUCCCACCUCCCGGACGGGGCUUUCCAGCACCUGCACCGGCUCAGGGAGCUGGAUCUGUCCCACAACGCCAUCGAGGCCAUCGGCCCCGCCACCUUCGCGGGCCUGGCCGGGGGCCUGCGGCUGCUGGACCUGUCUUACAACCGCAUCCAGAGGAUCCCCAAGGACGCCCUGGGCAAACUCAGCGCCAAGAUACGCCUGUCCCACAACCCCCUGCACUGCGAGUGCGCCCUGCAGGAGGCCCUGUGGGAGCUGAAGCUGGACCCCGACUCCGUGGACGAGAUCGCCUGCCACACCUCAGUGCAGGAGGAGUUUGUGGGGAAGCCCCUGGUUCAGGCUCUGGAUGCGGGUGCCAGCCUCUGCAGCGUCCCCCACAGGACCACAGAUGUGGCCAUGCUAGUCACCAUGUUCGGCUGGUUCGCCAUGGUGAUCGCCUACGUCGUGUACUACGUGCGCCACAACCAGGAGGAUGCCCGGAGGCACCUGGAGUACCUGAAGUCUCUGCCCAGUGCCCCUGCCUCCAAGGACCCCAUCGGCCCGGGGCCCUAGCGCCUGUUCCGGCAGACCCCCGCCGGUGGCUGCUGUCACUUUUGUAGUAGGUGGUGACUGAUGAUGCUUUUGCUCUUCCCCGAGGCAGGUGUCAGUCAUGUGUGCUCCCCACUGUUGCACUCAGGGACAGCAGCACCUCCAGGCUGGGUGGUUUUGCCAUCACAUCCGUGUGACGGAUGAGGAACCUGAAGCUUAGAGGAACGGAAUGACUGCCCGUGAUGAUACCAUCAGGAAAUUAUCCCAAUGGACUUCAACCCGGGCUGUCCAUCGUGACAUUCCGCCUCCUUCCACCAUGCGAGCCAAGUACAUUGGAACAUGAGCCCUGUUUCCAGAGCAAAGUAGCAGAGACCAGGUUUUUCCAGAGAGCUAAGUGGGAUGUGUCGCUCAAACAAACUGUCCUACUCUUUUUUAUUCUCACAGUGUUUUUGUAACCAUAGUGCCAAAAUUUCAGUUCAGUAAUGGGGUGAACAAUAUGGAGAGAGACCUGGGAAAAGUCCAGGGUCGCUUGCCCGGGGAAGACAGCAGCCACAUACCUGGGGCCCCGCCUGCUUCCUGCCCCUCUGGCUGUGCCUGAUGGGGAGGCCCUGCCCCAGGGCGAUCUUGGCUCACUGCAACCUUCGCCUCCCAGGCUCAAUCACUUCUCCUGCCUCAGCCUCCCUAGUAGCUGGAAUUACAGGCAUGAGCCACCACGCCUGGCUAAUUUUUGUAUUUUAGUAGAGACAGGGUUUCACCGUGUUGGCCAGGCUGGUCUCGAACUCCUGGCCUCAAGUGAUCCACCCGCCUCAGCCUCCCAAAGUGCUGGGAUUACAGGCGUGAGCCACCGCGCCCGGCCCUGUGCCUUGCUUUUUCUACUCACUAAGAUACAAAACAGCUCUUUUUCCAAGGCGCGGAGUACUGGUGAUAGAUGUUUCAAGGCCAAUCAAUGGGAUGCUUCGUCUUCUCCAGCAACGGGAACUCUCUUUUCACCUCUGCUGCCAGGAAUCUCAGAGAUAAUUUAGUGCUCAAUUUACUAACCUUACUUCACAUUCAGGUUAGAUGUUACCUCCACCUAUAUGAUAGUAAUUGCUAAUUUUAUUUUUUAUUGUCCUUUUUAUGAGUGUUUAUAUUUUAAAGUACUUUGAGUAUUUUUUGGGGGGUGUAAAUGAGCAAUCAGUGUACAUUGUGUGUGGACUGAAGUGUAGGUAUGUAGAGAUGCUUCGCCAAACAGAUGCUUAAAAAUGACUGGAAGUUGAAGGUGGUUUCUGUUUGGAAAGUACCAGGUGACUUGGAAGGUGAGAGCCUGUCCAGGGUGUGUGCACUGGUUCUGAUGUGCCCAGUAUGUGCAGUGUGAGUCACGGGGGUGUCUGUGUUGUGAGGUGCUUGGUAGGCUUUGCUCUGCCCACAGUGCAAACGCGGGGUGGGUGAGGGGCCAGGCCCAGUGUGUGAGUGGAGGCAGCCCCAGGCCCCGCCUGCUUCCCUCAUGCCACGCUGCCUGAGUGUCGCCAUGCUCGGAGGACAGAGACCUCCACGGAAACUGCCAGCACCGCUCACCCUUCCAGUGAGAGCUAGAACCAAGUGCCAGCCCCCGGGAGUGCACCCGUGCUGGUGUGGGGCCGCGUGGUCCUCGUGGACCACGCGAGACAGGGCCAGCAAUGUGGCGGGGUGUCCGGCUCCACUGUUUGGAGGAAGCGGGUGCUGACACAGCAGAGUGCCCUGGGCCCGUGGGGAUUUCCUUCGAGAGGACACAUGGCUGAAAGCAUAGGAUAAGGAUGUGUGGGUGAACGACCGGUACCAUCCCUGGCUCUCUGAUAGAUGCAGGUGGGACAGGUGAACUGUUGCUGGCCUGGCCAGCAGGCCUCGGGUCACAUGGUGAUUGGCGUCCUCCUGCUACCCCUUCUCCAUGCCAGGGUGCCUGUGGUGGGUUUGCCCAGCACGUGUGACCCCAGGUCCCAAGGAGAGUGUGGACCGAGGCCUGCGUGGUGAAGGCAGGGCCUCUCCUCGGCUCUGUGUCCUGUGGGUGCUGGCCAGUCCCUUCUCACAUUUUGGGGGGCCCUUUCCCUGCUGCCAGGGGACUCUUCAUUUGUCCUUACCCUAGAAUCAGCCCAGAGACUGGACAUCACCCAGACGUGGCCCUUCAGGAGGUGCACAGGGCAGGGGCAGGCCCGUCCCUCCCUGCCCCAAUUUGCUGGGCCGCCCCAGCCCAGGGUCUGGCCUUCCCCUUGGUGAAGGUCUGCUGGGCCCCUGCCCACCUCCUGCUGGGAGGAGGAGAUGGGGAGAGGACCAGGAGGACACGAGAGGCCCUGUCCCUUGCACUGUGAGCUCAGUCAGGUCCAUAAGCUGCCCACCGUCCUGGCCUUACUGUGCCCCCUGCCCUACCAACAUGGGGGAAAACACUUCCCCUCUAAGAAGACCAUAGAGACCCCAACACUGUGGGACCCCAAAGCUCUUUCAUGCUCAUUGGAGCUCCUGCCCUGGAUGCUUGCAAGUCUUCAGCUCUCCCGGGGUACAGCCCUCCCCUUCCUGCCCUCUAAUGUCCUCCCCUCCCCUGCCCUCCCCUCCACUUCCUUUCUCUGCCAUCCCCUCCCCUCCCAUCUUGUGACCUCUUUACUGGCGGGGCCUAGAGCCCAUGAUGGACACUUGCAGAAGGAGGGGCGGCGGAGCACCCCUGAGGUGACAUCGCUGCCUGGCCCCAGAGCACCCCGUCCCUCCCUGUGACUCAGUUCUUCACAGCCCACAUGUGAGCAUGUGCACCCUGGGACCUGCUGCCUGCUGGGACGCUCAGGCCAAAUCAGCCCCUCUGCCUUCAUGCUGCACUGAUUGCAAGAGUUUCCCACAUCUGCAGAGGCCGUGGGCUCAGCCCCACACCAGCCAGGCCACCAGUGUUGACAACGGAGAGGCGGGGACAAAGGGAAUAUCUCAGUUCACAGUGUGGACAUGGUGGAGGUCUCGGCCUUGUGAGACAAGGGAAGGGGGAGGGGAUAGGAAAUUGGGGGUAUUCUGUGACUCCUGGGCCACCGGGGAGCCAGAAUCUUCCAGCCAGACUGGCUGGGCAGGGCUUAGCUUCCCGAUGCUGGCCAUUCACCACUUUCACCCCGGGAACCUACCUGGGCAUCGUGGGAGGCAGAGCCUGAACCCCAACCCAACCCUAACUCUAAUGCUAACCCCUAAACCAUCCCUCACCCUAACCCAAUCCUCGCCCUAACCCUAAUGCUAACCCCUGACCCAACCCAAUCUUAACCCUAAUGCUAAUCCCUAACCCAACCCUCACCCUAACCCCUAACCCAACCCUCACCCUAACCCUAAUGCUAACCCCUGACCCAACUGUCAGGCCUCUGAGUCCAAGCUAAGCCAUCAUAUCCCCUGUGGCCUGUACGUACACAUCCAGAUGGCCGGUUUCUGCCUUAACUGAUGACAUUCCACCACAAAAGAAGUGAAAAUGGCCUGUUCCUGCCUUAACUGAUGACAUUGCCUUGUGAAAUUCCUUCUCCUGGCUCAUCCUGGCUCAAAAGCUCCCCUACUGAGCACCCCGUGACCCCCACUCUGCCCACCAGAGAACAACCCCCCUUUGACUGUAAUUUUCCUUUACCUACCCAAAUCCUAUAAAACGGCCCCACCCCCAUCUCCCUUCCCUGACUCUCUUUUCGGACUCAGCCCACCUGCACCCAGGUGAAAUAAACAGCUUUAUUGCUCACACAAA